AUGAACAAUGAACUGAAGGAAAUAUUAAAUGCUACAAAUGGUCUUCUAUUUUAUGAAGAAGAACUUAGUCCAGUUUUCUGUAAACCAAAACUUAUUCCACUUAAAUCUGUAACUCUCGAAAAGUUGGAAAAAAUGCAGAGCGAAGCAAUGGAAGUAAUAAAAGAUAUUGAAAAGAGCAAGAACAAGACACCAAUAUCGGAAAACACAGAAUAUAAUCCAAGUAAGUUAAAAGGAAGCGUUGCUGAUAUUUGGAUUGCUGAAGAAAAUCAAGAAACAGCGACAAAAACUAUAUCCUAA